UAUAUACAACCACAUGAUAUUACACAAAAUGUGUUAACAAAUAAAAAUCAAUCAGAUAAACUAGUUCUUAUUAAUUUUUCUCCUGAUACUGAUCCAACUGGUGUACGAAGAAAACUUCAUAAAGAUUUGUGCAAAAAUAAUCAAAGUUCAUUUACGAUCUGUUACAGUAAACCUGGUGGAGUGGAUAUUUCAAGUUUACCUACUAUUUAUAAACGAAAUCGACAGUAUCCAUUAUGGUUAUCACCUCGUGGUGGUGGACUUGAUUGUCACCGAACAUGGGAAGCAUUAUAUCUUGAUAUUAUUCCUAUUGUUUGGCAUUCAACACUUGAUUCAUUAUACACAAAUCUACCAGUUAUUAUUAUCAAUAAUUGGAGUGAAGUGAAUGAAGAAUUUCUUCGAAAUAAACUUCAUGAAAUAGCAACGAGAAAAGCUCAACAACCAUUAAUAUAUCAGUAUGAAAAACUGAGGAAUGCUUAUUGGCGUGAGAUAAUAAUAAGAAAGUCUCGAUAUGCUUUGAAUAAAAAAGACAUACAAAGAAAUCGAUGUUGGCGAGCUAAAACUAUACGAUCGAAAUAA